CCAUAUUAAUUAGUACACUCUAAAAUACUUUUUAUGACAAGAAUGUUAAUCUUUGUUCUAAUUAGUUAAUUAAUCUAUUUGAAAUUUUGAUAUGCAAAAAUUUCUAACUAGACCAAAAGCAACAAAAAGUCAUUAGACAAAGAUUUCAUAUUUUGUGUAGACAGUGCAAAAUACACCCGUCACCAUGGAAAAAAGCUCAGGAUCUACUAGUUCAGUUGUGUUUUACAACAAUUCGACCGGAGAAAAGAUACAAGAUGUUACAACCGGUGCAACAAAGGUUUUUCUGAAUUUAGAUGAAGAAAAGCAGGAUAAAACAGCGUUAUAUACUAAAACAAGAAUGUUUGAGAACAUUUGUACUUACAGUAUGUCCUUCAUACUCUCAUUCAUUAUAGGCUAUAGUUUUACAUCUUAUCUUUUGAUUGCUGAUCAUGGUCUAAGAGAUUAUUCACAAGGUUUCUUUGAGGAGAGCCAUAAUUUUUUUAAGAAUUUAUGUCCAGCAGUUCUAUACUUUGGAUCAACAGUAGGCACUUUUUCUAUGUUAAUGAUCAAACGAUAUUCCCAUCUUAUUGUAACUCAGUUGACGGCAAUCAUAUUUUUCAUUGGAUAUUUGCUUCAAAUGGUGUAUCCGCAUGUUCUGGUCAUAUUUUUGGCCAGAUUUUUGAUUGGUCUUGCUUCAGGUAUUGCAUGUAUGAUCAUUCCUCAGAUACUGUAUUUCAGUUGUAAAGAAAAUAUUCGGGGGCUGUUUACAUCAUUUUUCCCAUUCUUCAUUAUGGUCGGACUAACUACUGCUGUUGCCUUGAUGCCUCUUGUGACUAAUCAGAUCUAUAAUUUCUUCAAUUUGAUACCAAUUCUACUAUCUAUACUGUCUCUAGCUUGUUCACUAGGAUCAUUUAAGUUAUUGGAAGUGAAAAAAGAAAAAGCCUUUAUUGAGGUGACCAAAUUUAUGUUUUCAUCUACUGCUUUGAAAUCGACUGUUUCUGUUGUUCUCGCCCACGUAUUCCAAAAGACGACCGGAGUUGACUUUAUCGGAAAUUUCUCAGGAUCUCUUUUUACUGGUGAUAAUGCCCAAAUCAAAAGUCUCUCGCCAUUAUUAACUGCUGGUAUUGUCAAUCUUGCUACAGGACUCUUGCCUGAUUUGUUUGGUAGAAAACUGCCGAUUAUCGUAAACUUGUGUCUGAUUUUUUUGGUCACACUUUCGAUGGGAAUUUGGGGAACGAAUGUCGUCAGUUUGAUUUUGUUUACUAUCGUUUAUAAUGGAGGCUUAGGUGCAGUACCGUACUAUUAUCAGAAUGAGACCGUGCCAUCAAAGUAUAUACCCGAUAUAAACGAGAUCGCGACUUUCUCAAAUGUUUUACUGGCAUUAUUUGUCGCGAUUUAUGCUGCAUUCUUACUAUCACCUACUAACACGACUAUAUGGUAUACUUUUAGUGGUCUGUCUUUGCUUGGUGCAUUUAUUAUGGGGAUUACUAUGCCUGAAACAAAAGGAACGCCAGUUGAAAAACGAGAUUUUAUCAAAAACUGGUUUAAUUUUUCAUUCAAGAAUAAAAAUUUAAAAUGAAGUGUUGUGUUAACAUACUAACCGUACUCGCCCGCCUCGCUGCGCAUU